AUGCAGCAGGAUGACCAGGGUUACAACCCGUAUGGGUACGACUUGUCCUGGGAAGGUGAUCCAGGGGCCUACACUGUCGAAGACGAGAGCUUUUUGAAUGACAGCAACUCGCCUACUCAAGGCACAGGCCAUCACUUCGAUAUCUCGCUCUCGACCGGGCCGAGUGCUGACAUCCAGCCUUACAUGCUUCCUGGCUACGCUUCCGGAACCACGCCGUCAGGACACGACAAUCAGAGGUUCCAGAAGGGUGGACUUUACCUGAACAAGAGGCAAUGGAAUUGGCUGUACAAGUAA